UUAGGGAUUAGAAAAAUUGGUUUGAGAGACGUCAAAGGGCGUGUUGUUGUUUAACUUUGUUUUUAGACCCACAAUACUAUACCCGCGUCGCAGCAUUCCAAAAUUUGAAGCUAAGUAAUGGCGAAAUCGAUGGCAAAUUUAUCAACAAGGGUUUAUCGAUCUCUUUUUUCAAACCCCCAAACCCCUAAACUUUCAAUGCCCUUUUGCACUACCACCACCACCUCUUCUGAAACUUCCGACUCGGAUUCUGACCCAUUUCCCAACUCAACUCCGCCUCCUGAAUCUGCCGAGGACUCCACCACUCAGCGUCGUUUAUACGACCGCCCGCUUAAGAAUGGUCUCGAUACGGGCAUUUACAAGGCAAUUUUGGUUGGACAGGUAGGGCGAACCCCAGUGCAGAAGAAACUGAAGAAUGGGAUGUCGAUUACAAUGUUUUCGGUGGGGACAGGUGGGAUUCGAAACAACAGGAGGCCUUUUGAGAAUGAGGAACCAGGGGAGUAUGCUAAUCGCUCUGCUAUUCAGUGGCAUCGAGUUAGUGUUUACCAAGAAGGGUUGGGAGAUCUUGUCCUGAAGCAUGCUCUUCCUGGUACAAUUGUAUAUUUGGAGGGAAAUUUAGAGACAAAAAUCUUCUGUGAUCCCACCACUGGUCUGGCUCGACGCCUAAGAGAGGUUUCUGUUCGUCGAAAUGGUCGGAUUGUGUUCUUGGGAAAAGGUGAUGAUUCCCAGGGACCAACUUCUGGAGAAAUGAAAGGUGCUGGGCUUUACUAGAAAGCAUUGGUGUUAGUUGAAGAAGAGAACAUGUAGUUGAGAUGGAAAACAAUGUUAAAAGUAUUUUAUUUAUGGAUGAAGUUUGUGGA